GUGGUGCCUUUUGGAACUAAAUUCCAAAGAAGAAGAAGAAGAAAGAGAUAAAAAUUCCCUUUCGUGAUUUUUUUUAUUGAGAGAAAAUAAAUUAAUUUGCGAUUUGUGAGUCAAUUGACGGCAAAUAGGCGAUCAAUUCGUGGGUGUGGUGUCUGUGGGUGUUUCAUUUGCCAAACAGUGACAUCCCGGAAGUGCAGGAGCGCCUGGGAAGUGCGAGAAAAUGGGGCAAAAGGUGUCUCGAACGGAUUUUGAGUGGGUGUACACGGAAGAACCGCAUGCCAGUCGCCGGAAGUUGAUGCUGGAAAAGUACCCGCAAAUUAAGAAGUUGUUUGGGUAUGAUCCGAUGUUUAAGUACGUUGCGGGUGGGAUGGUGCUCAUGCAGAUGAUUAUGCUGUUUGUCAUGCAAGAUCGCUCCUGGACGACGAUCCUCCUGGCAGCAUAUUGUUUUGGGGGCGUCAUCAAUCACUCCCUGAUGCUGGCUGUGCAUGAGAUCUCCCACAAUUUAGCGUUCGGGCAUGCCCGGCCCAUGGCAAACCGGAUGUUUGGCUUCUUCUGCAAUCUCCCCAUUGGCCUGCCCUUUUCGAUUUCCUUCAAAAAGUACCAUUUGGAGCAUCAUCGAUAUCAGGGCGAUGAAGUGGCCGACACGGACAUCCCCACGUACCUGGAGGCGAAGCUGUUCUGCACGACGUUUGGGAAGUUCAUCUGGGUCGUGCUGCAGCCAUUCUUCUACAUUUUCCGCCCCAUUGUGGUGAACCCCAAGCCCCCGACUACGCUGGAAUUUGUCAAUGUUGUCAUUCAGCUGGCAUUUGAUGCCAUCGUGGUUUACUUCUUCGGAUGGCGCGUGAUGGCAUACCUGGUGUUGGGCUCUGUGCUCGCCAUGGGCCUCCAUCCGGUUGCUGGGCACUUUAUCAGUGAGCACUACAUGUUUGCCAAGGGCUUCGAAACGUACUCCUACUACGGGCCCCUCAAUUGGAUCACCUUCAACGUUGGCUACCACAAUGAGCAUCACGACUUCCCCGCUAUACCCGGUAGUCGGCUACCGGAAGUACGCAAAAUCGCCCCGGAAUUCUACGACAACAUGCCCCAGCAUUCGUCAUGGGUCAAGGUCCUCUAUGACUUUGUCACAGAUCCCGCCGUGGGACCCUAUGCACGGAUUAAGCGCAAGGCACGUGGACUUGAUUCCUAAAAGUAUUUAUUUCUUCCCCUUAUUCCCUUAAUGCCCCUCCUCCCUCCCCUUUGCCUUAGGACGACCUUUACGAGUUUCUUCAUCAGAUUCCCUUAAAAAAAUUGUUGAAAUUAAAGGGACAACAGCAGGAUUUAAAAUACCUCUUUAUAGUUUAAAAAAAUAAUAAUAAAAUGUACUGGUAAGCUGACCAAGCUUACGAGAGCUGUGUUUCUUUCAGUGUACCAAUUUUGUGAGAGCAAACUAUAACGCAAAUUAAUUUAAAUACGCGCAAAGUCGGGAAAAGUUGAAAAGUCAUCCCCCAAGAAAUCUUUAAAACGCCGUAUCUCGGGAACGGCUCCAUAGAUUUUCGAGUUUGAGCUAUCGUUGGAAAGGUCUUAACCUCAACUAUAACAUAUUAAAAUUUGAAGUAAAUCCAUAAUGGCAUUUUCGAAAUAUUCGAGUUCGAAAUUUUCGAAAAUUUUGUUUUUGACUUUAGCGCCUCUUGUGGUCAUUUCUCGAAGUUGCAAUGUUCUAGACAUUUGUAGGGUUUCACGAACCCGAGAUAUGACAUGUCAAACUUGGAACUCAAUAUUUUCAAAAUGGCGACAUAAAUUUUUUUAAUUUUUUUUUAUAAAUAGAUGUUAUAGUAGGCUAUAAUAUAUCAAAAUGUGAAGCAAAUCGAUAAUGGCGUUUUCGAGAUAUUCAUCGAAAACUCAUCGAAAAUUUUGUUUUUGAUUUUUGGCCCCCUAGCGGUCACUUUUGAAACUUCGGAUGUUUUAGAGAGUGGUAGGGUUUGUUGAAAGCUUUCAUUUGAGCUCAAGUUGAUCAAAAUCGGUCAAGCCGUUUUCGAGUUAUGGUCGAUUUUAGAUGAAAAAUUGUGACGGCCAUCCCAAGUUUGAGCCCGAUCUGACGACUUUCGAUUUUGCUCGGUACACAAAAGCUGUGUCUGAAAGUAACACAGCUAAAAAGACAUGAAAGGGAAGGUGCUGAGUGCACGCUAAGUAUUGCAAUUUUCGCACCUUAAUAGCAGCUAAUUAGUAAUUUUCUCGUCACACCAGGUGACUCACAGAGAAGUUGCAAAAAAAAAAGUGAUAAAAGAUCACACAGCUGUGCUGAUAAAAAUUCACACAACAAUAGAAAGAAUUUUAACGAAGAAAAACCCCGAAAAGAUUCUCAAUCUAGUCGAAAUGGCGUAAAAAACUGCGCCAAAAACUAAAUAUUUUUAACAAUAAAAUAGAAUAUUGAACAGAAUUUUUCAUCUAAAAGGAUAUUCCGGUCGUCCUGACCUAAAUUCAUUUUGCUGACGCAGCAAUUUCUCUUUUUAUUCUCAUGGGAAACUAUAAAAAAAGUAUAUAGAUAAAUGCAGAGAGAUAUUGUUUAAUUGUGAAUAUCAUUCGAUAAGGUGAAAAGCAAUUGAGGGGGAAAAUAUUCAAUGGAUGCUGGAUAUAUAGAAUAAAAUAUCAAUUUAAUUAUUUUGCCUGUCACACUCAGUGAGAUGAGAGUUCGCAAAUUGAAUGGCAAAAUUGCAUUAUAAGUUUACUUCUCUUCUAUCCUUUUUUUUAAAAACAUUAAAAUUGAUUUUUCACAUAACGCAAAAUUAAGCUCCAUCUCACUCUUUAUUCUUGUUAAUUAAAUGCCUCAAAGAAGACUCAUCGCCUGACCAAAAAUUCGCAGAGUCUUUGCAAAAAAUUAAAUGAAAAUGUUUUGUAAAUUGUAAAAAAAAAUGUAUAAAAAAUACAUUCUAAAAUUCUAUGUAAUUUACUAUAAAAGAAGAAUUACUAAAUAACCAAUAAAUAUUGUAUUUUUGUCAAA